AUGGUGCGCCGCUCGGCCCGCAACGCCGCCAAAGAGCCCGCCACCACCACCACCACCACCACCACCACCGACCCUCACGAAGAGGCCAUCAAGACCGAGACCAACGGCGCCGAAGCCGAUUCCGAGGAGCUGAAGCAGCGCAAUAAGCGCAAAGCUUCCGCCUCAGAGCCAAAACCCCAGUCAGUCGACAGCCCCGAAGCCGACUCUCCUGAGGAAGAAGAGUCCAAACCCGAGCCCAAGAAGCGCAAGACCACCUCCUCCACCAAACUCUCCUCCCAACAAGAACAAACCGAAAUGCCCCUCGCCCCGCGCACCGCAGUCAACACCCUCCGCCGUGCGAUGUACAUCGGCGCGCACGUCUCCGCAGCCGGUGGGGUUCACAACUCCAUCCCCAACGCCAUCCACAUCGGCGCGAACGCCUUUGCGCUCUUCCUCAAGUCCCAGCGCAAAUGGACCAGCCCUCCCUUAGCCGACGACGCGAAGAACCAAUUCCAUGCCCUGAUCAAGCAGCACGGGUACGAUGCGACGAAGCACGUCGUUCCGCACGCGAGCUAUCUGAUCAACCUUGCGCAAGCGGACGCCGCGAAGGCAAAGCAGGCGUAUGACUGCUUCCUGGAUGAUCUGAAGCGGUGCGAGGCGCUGGGAAUAGGGCUGUAUAACUUCCAUCCGGGGUCGGCGGGUCCUGGGGGGGAUAUGAAGGCUGCGUGUGGGAGGAUCGCUGCGCAACUUAAUAAGGCGAUCAAGGCGACGAAGAGUGUUGUGGUGUUGUUGGAGAAUAUGUGUGGCAGUGGGAAUGUAGUCGGGGGGAGGUUUGAGGAACUGGCGGAUAUCAUCUCGCAGGUGGAAGAUAAGUCUCGAAUUGGGGUUUGUCUGGAUACUUGCCAUGCUUUCACGGCUGGGUAUGAUUUGCGCACACCGGAGGCGUUUGCCCAGACGCUGGCCGAAUUCGACCGCACCAUUGGCCUCAAAUACCUGAAGGCCUUGCACCUAAACGAUAGCAAAGCCCCCUACCACUCGAACCGCGACCUCCACGCGAAUAUCGGCACAGGCUUCCUUGGCCUGCGUGCCUUCCACAACAUAAUGAACUGCCCCACCCUCGAAAAUCUCCCCAUGGUUCUAGAGACGCCUAUCGAAGAGAAGGACGCGAAGGGCAAGACAGUGGAAAACAAGCAAAUCUGGGCGGACGAGAUCAAGCUUCUGGAGAGCUUGAUCGGCAUGGACGUGGAGAGCGAGGAGUUCAACAGGCUGGAGUGCGAGCUGCAGAAGAAGGGGGCUGCGGAGCGCAGGCGGAUCGAGGAGCAGGUGGAGAAGAAGGCGACGAAGGAGAAGAAGAAGUUAGAUGGGGGGAAGAAGGAGAGGGGCGCGAUGGAUGCUUUUGUGGUGAAGAAGAAAGGGGAGGGAGAAGCUUGA